AAACGGGCCAUAUUUCUUCGCGAUGAGCCACCGCUUGUCCCAAGCGGCGCGACACACGCAGGAGCUGCUCCAAGACCUCGAGCGCGACAAGGAGCUCGAUGUGCUCCGUGUCUACCUCACGCGCUACAACCUCUUUCCUCGCAAGCGCGAUCCAAAGACUGCGCCGAUUCGCGCCGAAGAGCUCCGCGACCUCGUCAAGCACUGGAAGCUCCAUCGACAGCGCAACUUUUGGAAAAACCACACGACAAAGGAAGAGCUCGUGCGCACGCUGUACAAGCACAUCAACACCAAAGUGCUGCCGUCCGAGACACCGCCGUCCGCCGUGUCGCCGUCGAGUUCGUCCGCAAGUGUGCUCCCCGCGCGCCCGUCAACACCCAACCCCAGUGACAUCAAGAAAGCGCCGUUUGAUCGGCGCAACUCGCACCGCGCCAUUGCCAUGAACAUGACGGCGUUCAAGUCCAAGCUCACGCCGCGCAAUUGCAACUACUCGAUCGACGGGUACCACGGCGACCUCUUUAGCCAGCGCGGCGACUACGACGACGGCAUGAUCUAUCUCUCGCGCAUGACCACGUCCAGCGAGACGCGCGAGACGGCACCAGCGACGGCCUCGGCGACGCCAGCAACGACCCUUAGCAUCACCACAGUUAGCGCUGCGCCGACGACGAGCACCGUAUCCAGCGCGCCCUCCACACCGCGCAACGCUGCUGCGACAACGACGCCGACCGACGCGCGCAUUGAAGUCGCUGACGAAGAUGCGACGACGCGCGAGGUGCGCAUGAAGCAAGAGUGCGCCUGUAGCUUGUACCAGCUGGCGCUGCAAGCAGGGCACGAGUCGGGCAUGGUGCUCGAAGGCUGCGUUCCCGCGCUCGUGCGCCUCUCUCUCUUUGACGACAACGACGUGAAAAAGUACUGUGCCGCAGCUCUCGUCAAUCUCACGUGUGACGGCGCGCUCAUUCCGCGCAUGCUCGACGAAGGUCUUCUCGGCGGUCUCAUGGAGCUCUCCAAGCUCCAGCACGAAGACGUUCGACGCAACGCGGCGAUUGGACUCUGCCGCGGGUCGUACGAGCGCAUGGGGCAGUUCCGGCUGCUCCAAGAAGGCUCGGUACCGGCGAUGAUUUCGAUGUUGAACAGCACCGACUUUGACACAAAAGAGGCCUGUCUCAAGGCGCUCAUCAACAUUGCAUCGUACGCUGGCGCGACCGUCUCGGACACGGUGACCCACACGAUCGUGAAAAUGACGUCGCGAAAAGAUACGCCGAGUUUGCACUUUGUCGCGCAGGCCAUGGCCAACCUCUCGGUCCUCACCGGUCCCCGCAUCAAGGCGGUCGAAGACGGCCUCCUCGAGCCGUUGACCGACGUGUGCCACCCCGGCGCAUCCACCGACGUCAAGCGGCUCGUGGCCAUGGCCCUUUGCAACUUUUCGGGCGUUGAAACCAACUAUGGGUACUUGAGCCAGCUCCCGAUUCUACGCGUGCUCGACAUUCUUCUCGAGACGCCCGACGAGCGGGUCCGCGAGCUCUCGUCCGUGACGGUCGCCAACCUCACGUGCCGAUCGGACGCGCAACGUCAGCGCAUUAGCAGCGUCCUUGCGAUGCGGCUCAUUCAAAUUGGUUACAUGCAAAACAGCGUCGUCCAGAGCAACAUCUCGCUGGCGCUGGCCAACGUGGUGCAGAGCGACCGGCUCUUGCUCACGCAGCACGGUGUCGUGCCGCUCGUGCUGCACUUUCUACGGGACGGCACGCCGAUGACGCAGACCCAUGCGGUCGCCUUGCUCUGCGGCCUCAUGGAGCACGAGACGUCGCGCGCGGAGCUACUGCAGUGCGACGCGAUCGACGUUGUGUUGCACCUUACGGCCACGUCGGCGCCGAGUAUCCGGGAAUUUUGCGCGCUCGCGUUUUUCAACUUUAGCGCCCACGUGGACUUGGCGCCGUUUCUGCUCGCCCCGGGCACACUCGCGACGCUUCUUGGUCUGCUAAAGGACCCGCUCCAAAUCAAAGACGAAGGCAAGGAGCCGACGAUUCAGCUCAGCCGCGUCCAGGAGAUUUGCCUCGACUGCCUCUACAACCUCUCGUUCUACGCACCGAGUCGGCCCGGCUUGGUCGCGGAAGGCGCGAUUGCGAUCCUCUCGCAAGUCUUUCGCAAGCCGUCCAAGUCGCUUGAAGCCAACAAGCGCUGCGUCGCCGUGCUCUGCAACGUGUCGUUCGACGACAGCAGUCGCGACAAAAUGCUACUCGAUGACGUCCUCAAGUUGCUCAAGCGACUCACGACGACCAACGGGACGUGCAAGGAGCUGCUUCUGUGUGCAUCGUCGGCGCUCUGCAACCUUGCGGGUCCUGCGAUGGCGUCGCCCACAACCCCGAUCCUGCAGAUGCUCAUGGACCUCUCCCAGUCCCCGCACGCCGAGAUCUCGCUCAACUGUGCGAUUGCCUUUGCGAAGCUCGCGGCCGCCAACAUUUACACGGACGUGCUCUCGCGCUGCAUCGAGCUGCCCCCGACGUUGGUGGUCAUGAUGCGCUCGGGGAUUGAAGAGGUUCAGAUCCACUGCGCCACUGCGCUUUGCGGGCUUGCGGCCGAGCGUGGCACCCGCGGUCCCUCAGGUCUCCGGCACCUCUGGAAGGAAGGUACCAUUUCCGAUUUUAUCGUCAACUCGCUCUUGCGCAUCAACAGCGACUCGACCAAAGAGAUCUGCGCCAAAGUGCUCUUCAACGCCCUCACCCACGACGACUGCCGCCAUUCCAUGAUCAAAGGCGGCGUCCUCUACGCGCUCGUCAAGCUCGCGCGCCUCGAUAGCCUCGAGAUUCGCCUCUUGUGCGUCACCGCCCUCUACAACCUCUCGUGCGAUCCGAGUCUUCUCAGCGUUCUAUUGGACAUCAACAUUGGUCAAGUUGUCGCCAAGAUGUGCGAGAGCGACGUCAACAACGAAGAGACGCGGCAAAAGCUCGCAGCGUGCCUUGCCAACGUCACUUUUGACGGCGGCCACGAAGCCGCUUUGGUCCAAGGCGAUAUUCUCAACGCUGUCUUGCUGCUCUCCGAGCACGGCAGCACGCUCUGUGGGCGGUUUGGCGCGAGCGUUCUCGGAGCGCUCUCCAUGUGCUUGGAUGUGUGUGACGCCAUGGCCACCUUGCCGAUCAUUGAGCUCCUCUUGCAAAUGGUGUGCGCGAAAGACGGGCCGCAGACGCUCUUUGCUCUCAGCGCCCUCUGCAACCUCUCGUGUGCAGUUGGCGCCCACGAAAAGCUGCAGGAAGCCGAGACAAUUGCGUCGGUGGUGGGCAUUCUACAGACGUCCGAAGAGUCGCUCGUGCUCUUGACCGGCGCCAAAGUGCUCCACAAUAUGAGCUACCACGCCAAGUUUCAUCCUGCGAUGCUGACGGCCGAUGUCGUGCCAACCCUCUUGCACGUCUUGAGCUACGAAGACGGUGUCGCGAUCGCAGACGUCGCGGCCGAGAUCGUGACAACCCUCUCGGAAGACGCGGCCGCGGCCAAUCAACUCGUGCACGAAGGAGCCGUGCGCAUUCUCCGGUGCGCGGCGACCCGCGGGAACAAUCCGCGCACGAUCGGUCUGUGCGUCAUUGCGCUCUGCCGCCUCGCGCGCGGCGGCCACAGCGGCCCGCAGCUCGUGGCCGACGGUCUCUUUGACGUAAUUGCGUCGGCGGUGCCGCCAUCGACCAGCGAGAUCGCCGAACGCAUCGCGCUCAUUCUGCGAACGCUCUCGACGUACAUUGCGUGCAUUCCGCCCCUUUUGCACGACCUGCGGAUCGUGCCGAUCCUGCAGACGCUGACGCGCGCCCGUGAGCGCGAGACGUGCCGACACGUUGUGAUGCUGCUGCACAACAUUACCGCGACCCGGAAUCGUGCGUUUCAGGCGCAAGCCAAAGCCGCGGGCGUGAUUCCCUUGCUCAUCAUGCUCUCGCAGGUCGGCGCGUCCGACAUUCGUCAAGUCUCGAGCGUCGCACUCGCGCACCUCAACGCCGAGCUCUCGGACCGCGACGACAAUUACGAAACGGGCCUUGUUUCGACCUUGAUCACGAUGCUUGACAUGGAUCCCUCGACCAUGCACACGGUCGAGAAGCUCGCAGCGGCGAUGCCGCCGCCCCUCAAGCUCCAGCGGCAGACACCGUGGAGCUUCCACACGGGGUUUCGACCGACGCGGGUGCUCUUACAGCUGCCCGUGGUGUGGACGGUCCAGGUCGCGUCGGUGGACGACGCGCGUCUUGUGCCGCCCGAGCCCAGCGCCUUUGGCCUCGGUCCGCUCGGGCACCAAGCCGCCGAGAUUCCUAGGAGCAUCCAAGAUGGCGUGCAUGGACAGUAUACCAUCAUGCGCGUGUCGGGCGACAAGUGCCGGCUCAAGCCAGCGCCGCGCACGACGCCGCUGGCGCCAGCACUCGUGUUACAAAAACUCGCCGAGCCCGUCGAGGUCGAGAAGGAGCCGGCGGUCGUGCGGCCCGUGGCGCCGCCGCCCAAGCCGACCAAGCCGCGUCCGCUACUGAGCCAAAAGUCGUUUAAUAGCGCACCGCGCUCCCACGGUGUCCCACAUAUGCUCGCAAAGCGCGGCUCGACGGGCUUUCUCAAUUUGCCCAAACUCUAGUUAGUCGAUACCACACCACCACAAGCUAGUCGAUAGGGUCGU